AUGGCGAGAAAGUCGACAACCCUGACAGCACCCGAUCAACAGGUGCCAGAUCCAUCCAAUAAAUACCUGCAGAAGUCGGCAAUAACGCGCGUGUGUGCUGUCGGUGGCUUCUUUAUAUCGAUACCGGUGUUUUUGACAGGCAUCAUACUCUACACCUUCAUCCAGUUCCACUCGACGCCGGCGAUUGUCACGUCGGUGUUCAUCGGGGUCGGCAUCGUCUUCUGCGGCUGCGCGAUGGUGCACAACGUGUUCGUGUGGCAGAAGGAGAAGACCAGCCUGGUGAAGGCGUUCCGCUCGCAGGAACCCGCCGCGGCCGGCGGGGGCUCCGCCGCCAACGGGGCGCUGUUGGCCAACGGCCACUUGAACAACACCGCGCCAGCCAACCUCGGCUUCCACAGCGUCGCGCCUUACAGCCACCCCAUCACGCUGCUCCAGCAAGGCGGCCCGUACAUCAUUAGGCCGCCGACCAGCACGCCACCUGGCGAGGGCGCCGCCACGCCGGGCGUCCCACCUGCGACCAUAGACCUCAGCCACGACACGCACGAGCUCAGCACCCUCGUU